UCUCUCCUUCCCAUUCAAUGAAUGACUGUUCCUGCAAUACAUGUUAUCGUUACCCUGAGAGCUGCUCGAAAUCGAGGUGAACCAGUUAUGUGGACUCUAUAGUUACGAGUGCUGUUACAGGAAAGGUUAUGAACGCGGGGAUUCUCAAAUAUUUGCAUUGCACAUUUGCUGACACGCAAGUCAAGCGUACCUUUUAUACUGGGAGAAAACAGACUUAAAAAGGACAUUUUCUAUCUCCUGCCCAAACAGAAUGCGCUGACUCUGACUCAUGGAUUGGAAGCUGUGCUACUUCUGGCUCGUGUCUUUUCUAUUGGUGUGGGAGAUCCAGGCUCCUGGGAACAAUAAUGAAGGAGUUCCAGACAAUUUCCGAUUCAUAACUGAGCAUAGCAACAACAUUCAAGAUGCAAAAUGGAUGGUGGAAGAACAGAAAAAAGCACGUCAAUUAUUGAACCACUGGAAAGAUGCAGAUGUGACUGGCACAUCAAAGGUAAACAACAACAAUUUGCAGGAAGCUGGAGGGGAGAAUGAUGCCAUCUUCCCAGAGGGUAAGGAUCACACGGUGAUCCUGAGGAUGGAACCUGAUCAGAUUGUCACAGAUGCAUCUGACUCGAUCUACAACAAGCAGAAAAUCCAUGCCGGGGAGUACAGGACCUUGCUGAAAUGGAACGGCCAAGAAUUCAUCUUUCUGAAAUCGACAUUCCAGGGGAAUGCCCCCGAGGUGACCAGCCGCUCAAAGCUGGUGGUAGUUGGCCACGGCUCAAGCCAAGAGAACACUUUGGGAGGAAUGACCGCCCAUCAGCUGUCCAAGACCAUCCUCACUCUCCGUGGAGCUGAAUCGCCUCUCGCCUUCCCCAGCAAAUCGGUGCAGUCACUCAGCCUGGUGGCUUGCAAUGUCGGCGCAGGCCCUGAAGGCGAGCAGUUUGUCCGGGAUCUUCUCAUCGAUCUACGGGACCAUGAGCUGGAGGUGGGCUCCCUGUCGGCCCGGACCGCUAAGGUCAGCGUCCUCCCGGACGGCACCAAAGUCACGUCGGAUCCUGGUGAAGACUGGCUCAGGCAUGAAACCAGCCACCGGCGUCAGGUGAGGCUGGGUGAAGACAACCAGCUGGAAGACCUUAGUGAUGAGGACAGCUACUGGACACACACAUAUGACCCAGAUGAAGACAUCCACCCUUUGGUGGACCAACCAGGACAUUUAAUUUGGCACAUUGACGGGGAAGAAUACCUGGUCCCGGACACGAAGCUGGAUGAUAUCGUUCAAAGUAAAACUAAACAAAUAUUUGAUAUGGCCGAAGGUGUGACGGUGGAAGAAGUUGAGAAGACAAGAAUUUCCGAUCAGAAACAAGAAACUGUUCGAGUGAGAGUAUUUGAGACAUUUCAGCAAUAUCUGGCGAACGUCCUCGAUCUGAUCCGGGAAAGUCAAGUAGCGAGAUACCGACUUCUCAGAUCAGAAUACAAUAUUAAAAACAUACGGACGGCAUGGCAAAAACAGCAGCUCCCUUCACCUGACAACAUCCUGGAUGAAAAUGAUAUGCCUGUAAUACGGGACGAAAAGAAAUUGAUUGAGAUAUGGGACAUGAUUGCCAUCAUCAACAGGAUGAGAAGAAGAACAAAGGACCAGGAAACACUAAAUAAAGUGUACGAAAGUGUUGUGAAUGGAAUGAAGAAAGAAAACCGAUUCAUACAAUUUGGUGAGUACACUUUGAAGAUCAAUCUGGAGAACUUCUAUGUUGAGCCAUACAUCCUCCCGAAUGGUGAAGCCCCACCAAGAGAGAUCGAUUUGACCUACAACAGGCUUUUACGCAGCAUGAAUGCUGCUGCGUAUUUCCAGCAGAAUGCUAAAGCCUGGGUGACUGGGGAGCCAAAUAUGAUCAGUAAUAAUGUCAAUGAACAUGACGCCGUUAUCGUGGUAGCGACCCACUUAGCGGAGGUGGUGAGGAACCCCAGGAUGGUGCUGAUGAACUCUCUGCUCUGUGGCCAGUCCCGAAAUGCCCGUCAAUUCAUUGCCUCUGACCCCAUGGCUCGGGGUGGCACUUGGGGGACCAACCAUGCCAACAUCGGCUUGCAGUCAGAACAGACUGACGAGGUGCGGGAUCUAUCACGGGCAGUCUUAAAAAAAUGGAUGACGAGUGCUUCGUUCGGUUUCUCAAUGACACAGAACAGCGAAAACCUGCCACCAGAGGCUGAUCAGAAUCAUUUUGAUCACUACAUCAACAGCGAGGUUUUCAAUAACCUUCCAGAGAUUCCAACAAUGCAGACCUACUCCUACCAAAGUCUGAGCCGAGAUAUAGUUGACCAUAUGCGGCGAUUGGAAGACUCGGUGCUAGGGAAGAGUCUCCGACCAAGAGUGGCUUUAAAAAUGGCCAACGACAUACAGUACUUAGAGAGGGAGGUGACACAGAGCGUGAAAUCCCAAGAGGAGGUGGACAGGGUGGAGUAUGAGGUUGUGCAUGGCUCAGCACGCUUAGAAAAGGGAAGUUUAACUGUCAAAAUACAGAGCAAAAGUGGCCCUUCUAUCAGUAAGGAGCUUCAAGUCCCAACCAAAGUGGAGAAGCUCACAUCAGAGGAGUUGCUGGAUGAACAUUUCCGGGGUCUGGGCCAGGUCUCGGAGGGUGGAAGCCAUGCCAUGGAGAGAGUUAACUAUGCCCUGGGUGUCUAUGGCACCCUCAUGGGUUUCCAGGGGGCCCGAGAGUUCCUGGAACAGGGCCGCGAUGUGGAGGGUGGCAUCAUGCUGGCACAAGGAAUCCAUGGGCUGGGCGAGCUGGCCGGUAUCAAUGGGGAAGUCUCGAGUCUUCUCGAGCGCUCUGCCCACCGUGCCCUGACCAGCAUCGCCACACAGAUGGAGGGGAAAGCGGCCCAGAGCCUCCUGGGGAAAAUGUCCAAGCUGGGGAAGGUCACAGAGGCACCAGUGCUCUCUACCGCCUUCGCCGCCUUCAACAUUUACGAGGACGUGGAGAGGAAGAGCCCGCUCGGUUACGCCGACGCUGCGCUGGAUGGUGCCAUCUUACUGACGGGGCUGGCCGGGCCAGAGAUGGCCCCUGUCACCCUGGCCCUGACCAUCAUCAGACUCGGCCUGGACCCGCUAUACUCAGAGAUCAAGAGCAGCCUGGAAUCCUUACCCGCAAGGGCAUCGACUGGUCAGCGCUGCCUUGCGGUCCUCAAGGGCAUCGCCCUCGCUUUACGAGACAUUGGCCAGAGCAUUUUGGAUGUGGCGGCUGAGUUUUCCCCGUGGUCCCUGGCUUACAGAAUCCCACAGCUGGACGAGCGACAUCGCAAAGAUAUGAAAUUCAUCGAGGAGCUGAAGAGCGCCGAGAGUUAUUUCACCAUCACUGGGGACACCCAAGCCGAUGGGUGCCAUGGGGUGGUUGAUUUCUUAUCCGGGCAGGAUUCUGCCUUCGGGGGGGCACUGGAUGUUGAGCUGGACGAUGCCAAUUGUAUGACGGUCCAAAUACCCAAUCCCAUCGGCUCUGGAACCGUGGAAAAAGUGCAUUGCUUCCCCGCUCACUGCUCCGUGAACGACGUGGUCGCUGGCAUUGGAGAGACCCACUGGAUUCACUUGAUUGAGAAAUCGGUCACGCUGCUGUUCUUCAUCCAUGUGCACACCCGCGAGGUCAUUGGAUCCCUGACCGAGGAUCGCAGCACACUUCACGGCUCCUACACCGGCAAUUCCCAGCCGAACCGCUUCUACACUGUCCAGGAACUCCCCAAAGAAGCCAAGCUCACCUACUCCCUCUCUGACUAUUACUACAAUCUCCGGGGAAGGGGCGGGCAGGAUGCCUUCUAUCUCGGGCCCCAGAGGAGCAGCGUGCAGGGGGGCAAUGGUCAGGACCUGUACUUCAUCCCUGAGUGGGGAGGAGUGACCGAUAUCGAUAAUCACGCAGCGGACGGAGUGACGGACUGGCUCUUCUUCAAUGUCUCUUUCGCUCAGAUCUCUGCCAGGAAAUCCCAGCAAGACCUGAGACUAUUCUUCAGCAAUCAGCAUCAAGUGCGGGUCAUGAACUGGUUCCUGGGCAAUGAAUACCGUCACAUGAAGUUCAGGAGCAAUGAUUACAUCACCUUCACCAUUGGCGAUGCCACCUUGAAUGGCUGGAUUCAACUCCAAGCAGUGUCACUCGAUUUCUCUCCUAUUGAAGACAAGCCAGAAACUGUUGACCUGAGUGAAGUGAGAUGGAGGUCUGUCAUCUCAGUGGUUGGCACUAAGCAUGGGGAUACCAUCCGCGGCAAUCAUUUGGGCAACGUAUUGCGGGGAGGUCAGGGUGCCAACUACCUGGAGGGCCGUGAUGGGAGGGACACCUAUGUGAUCGAGGCUGACAAGGCCUGUGACACCAUCAAUAACUGGUCGAGCGACGCUGAAUCGGACACAGUCCAUCUGCCUUCCCACCACCAAAACCUUGCUGUGACUCUCAGGGACAACGGCGACCUGGAGAUCCGUGACACUGUUUCCCAACAAGAGGCCUGUGUGAUUCUCCAGAACUGGCGAGGUGGGUGGGCCUGGCAGCACAUUGUCUUCAUCAGCGGCGACUUUGUCAUGUUCCAAGUGUCAAACACUACCUCCCCGCCAGAGAUCCAGCCGGUGCUUAUUGACUUCAGCAGCCGAGAGUCCCACGUGGAAUUCGACCUGGCCACAUUUCCUGGGAACCAGCAGAUCAUGGCAGUGGUGGGAUCUCCCCAUGACGAUCGGUUAUAUGGGAAUGAGAGAAACAACGUGCUGAGUGGGAUGGGGGGAGCUGACUUUCUAAAGGGGAGAGGUGGCAGUGAUACCUACAUUAUUGACUGCCGUGGGACUCAGCUCAGCCCCAUCAUCAUUGACAAUGAGGACACAAAGGAGGCAAUGGAUUUCCUCUUGCUGCCUGAAGACUUUGAGGAUUUGGAAAUGGUCUCAAGUUCAACUGAUGUCCACCUUCGGUACCAGGAACAGCCUGGCUGUUAUACCAUCCUGAAAGACUGGUUCACGGGUCGGGCACAUCGCCACUUGAUGUUGCGGAGUAAGGACGGUGUGGUCUUCACAAUCCCAGAUCCUCACACAAUUCAAUUCCUCCCUUGGAUCUUACAGCAUCCUUUUCAGGUCAUCCAGCUCAUCCCUCAGGUCUAUGCAGUGGACAAGUCCAACUCCAAGCUUGACAGAGUGUUUAUAGAUGCACGGAGCCAAGCGCUGGCUCAAGCUGUCAAACUGAUCGGCUCCUCCCAACAGAACUGGAUCUACGGCAACCAGAGAAACAAUUAUAUUGACUGUGGUUCAGGAUUCUGCCAUGCGGAGGGGGGCAACGGCAGCGACACCUACAUCUUGACCAAGGGCAACUACACCAUCGACAAUUACGCAGAGGAUUUGCUCAUGGAUCAGAUUCUGAUGCCGGCGACAUUUGCCCGAAUCCGUGCAUGGAACAGGGGAACAGAUAUACACCUGGACAGCCCGGAUCUCUCCUGUACCCUGUCCCGGUACUUGUUCGGGGAGGCGCACCAGCACCUGGUGGCACGAAGCAGCGACGGGAUCUGGUUCACUUUCAGCGAGCGCGGUCUCCAGCCUCUCUAUGUGGACAUGGCACUGCAGGGUAGCCAGCACCUGAACCUCUCUUCCGUGCCGUCCCUGAACUACUCCGUCUCGAUUUACGGCCAACGCCAUCUGCGCAAUUUCAUCGUCGGCAACUCGCAGCCAAACACCAUCGCCGGGGGCUCAGACACCGAUGUGCUGGAAGGACGUGGAGGAGAUGAUACUCUCCAGGGUUCGGCCGGAGAGGACUAUCUCUCCGGGGGCCAAGGAGCUGAUGAAAUCCACGGCGGUGAAGGCACGGACUGGAUCUUAGGCGGCGCCGGCAGUGAUAUCCUUUACCCUGGGCUGGGGGCAGACCGUGUUCACGGCGGAAGCGGCUCGGACACCUUGUUGUUUGCGGGAGACCCCGAGAAGAGCAAGGGAGUGCUGGUCAACCUGGAGCUUGGCUUCGGCAUCGGGGCGGAUGCAGACGGUGAUUUAUACUACACGGUGGAGAACGCCAUCGGCACCGGUUACGCCGACGUGCUGAUCGGCUCAGGAGGCGACAAUAUCCUGAGCGGGGAAGGUGGAAACGACCUCUUCCUCCCUUUGGAUGGCCGGGACACACUGAGGGGUGGAGACGGAGCCGACCUCUACAACCUGGACGGCUCACGAGGUCUCAAAGUGAUCGACAACUUCGCCAAAGACCUGAAAUACGAUACCAUCGCCCUGGGCAGUCGGCACACGAAGGACAACCUCUUCCUGGAGAGAAGCGGUGUGCACCUCAUUGGGAGGCUCUUAGAUAUCCAGGAAGGUGACUUUGCCGGCGCAUUCCUAAUCAGGGAUUGGUUCAUGCUGCCAGAGAACCGGCAUAUCGUUGUGCAGCUUGACAAAUCCUAUAACAUGGAGGAUCUCAUCUCAGAAAGUGUUCACCCUGGGAUAAAUCGUCGUCUUCACCUGAUCCUUAGAAUCUUACGUGGGAAACAUGAGGAGUCACACGUGUUAAGACCCCAUGUAAGGCCCUUCAACUUACCUGACUUAGAUCUUCACCAUCCAGAACAAACUUAAUUUAACGGCUAAAUUGAGUCAGAAAAUCACAGCCUAAUUCCUUUAUUUUUAAAUGUUUUUGAAUGCUGCCUCAUCAGCACAUGAAUAUUUAGUUCCAAAAGCUCACAACCAUUUAUCCUGAAGGAGAAUGACGCUGGCUGAUAGCUUGUUAAUCAAUCCCAACUGACCACAGCAUCGCCCAAAAGGAAGCUGUAGGAAUCUAUUGUCCCUGGCUCAUUCUGCUUCUGAUUACACAAAGCCACAUGCUUUCAACAUUUCCCUUUUGUUUCUAGUCAGCUGGUACCUCUGUACAGAUACACUUCACUUCCAGCAAGUGUAACUAGCUCUGCCCUUACCAUUUUCUGAUGAAGGAUCUCGGCCCGAAACAUCAGCCUUCCUGCUCCUAUGAUGCUGCUUGGCUUGCUGUGUUCAUCCAGCUCUGCACCUUUUUGCUUGGGAUUCUCUAGCAUCUGCAGUUCCUACUAUCUCUGCCCUUACAAUAUUUCCAUUCAAACCAAAGAGUGUCUCUCUUUGGCUGUUCACAAGAGACAAAAUACUGACUACAGUGAGUGGGCUUGAUCUUGCAAGAAUCACAACACGAUGUCAAUCAAUGGAUGUGGUUGUGAUAGAACAGCUCAUCCUGAACAACUCUGAGUGUGCUCACAAAUACACAGAAAAUACGCUUAAAAUCAACUGAAGUGUUCAUAACGUGACUCUCAUGCUUGGCUGAAGCAGGCCGAAGGAACAUGUCCAGAUUUACAUUAUCCCUGAAUUCGAGAAAGAUUUGGUGACAAUAGUUGCCUCAUGCAUUCUCCAUGGUAUCAGCUUGAUCAAUCAAAGUUGACUUGCUGAUUGUUCAGCAUCAUUUUCCCAUGUAGCAUGAACUAUUGCACGCUUUGAAUUUUAAGAUUCUUGGAUCUGUCUUGGACAUCAGCAAAAUACAAAACUUCAACAAGCAAUUUUAUUUUUAAUAAUGUUCAAAUUCUGGAUAAACAAAUACGUAUUUGUUGCCCUAAACCAGAGUUAUAGUGAAGAUCAAAUCUGAAUUAUCAACAGCAUAGUUUCACUCAAAAGGAAUGUGUUCAACACUAAGAACGUUUCUUGAAUUAGAACCAAAGUGUCGUAGAGAUUUACAGCACAACAACAGAACCUUCAGUCCAAAUCAUGAAUGUCAACCAGAUAUCUGACAUAAAACUCAUCCCAUAUGCCAGCAUUAACCCAUAUCUUUCUAAAACCUUCCUAUUCAUAUGCCCAUCCAGAUACCUUUGAAAUGACGUAAUCAUACCAGUCUCCAUCACUUCCUCUGGCAGUUCAUUCCAAGCAAAUGCCACCCUGUGUGUGAAAAAGUUGCCCCUUCGGUCCCUCUCGUAUGUUUUCCCUGUCAACUUACACCAAUGCCCUCUAGUUUUGGACCUGCCCACCCCAGGGAUAACACCUUAUCUAUUGAUCCUAUCUAUGCCCAUCACGAUUUUAUAAACCUCUGUAACGUCACCCUCGGCCUCCAAUGCUCCAGGGACAAUAGACCCAGCCUAUUCAUCCUCUCCCUAUAACUCAAACCGUCCAACCCUGGCAACAUCCUCAAAAGUCUUUUUUGAACCUUUUCUAGUUUCUCAACAUAUUUCCUCUCGGAGGGAGACCGGAAUUGCAUGCAAUACUCCAAAAGUUGCUGAUCUAAUGUCCUGUACAGAUGCAACAUGGCCUCCCAAAACCUUAAAUGGGAAAUAUGGGCAACAUCUAUUUCCCUGGCCCUUUCUCCAUGGCAAUGUCUUGGUCAUUGAAUCGACUUGCCAACUGAUCUGCACCUACAUUUCUCCUCUCAUGUAAAUUGCUGCAAUCAUUUGAAAUUUUACAUUCUUGUAUUAUUCCUGAUGAGUGAAGGACAAAACGUUUUAUCAACAUGUCUCUCCAUGCAGCGCUAAAAUAAAGUGUGUAAAUCUUCAAAA